AAGCCACGAAACCUAGAAUCCCUGAUCUAGUCAUAAAACUUCGUUCGGAUCAUGUUGGAGAGAUAGGAGAGCCAACUCCUUGCCAGUCAAGUUUCAGGUCAUUAAGUCAAAGUAACAGAUCAAACCUAAGCGAACGAAGUGAAAACUAUUUUCUAGAUCUGGCGCGUGGAUGUUACUUCACGUUCUGAUCGCAACCGAAACAAAAAGUGAAUAUUUGUUUACGUCUGAAGUCCACACGUUGUAACAGUUUAUUCACUUCAAAUACUGUAGGGCUCCGACUAGGAGUUGUAACAAUACGGACAUUUGAGUUCAUAACUAAUUCAUUUCAUAUUGUGUUCCUAUAUGUAAGGAAUUAUUUUUCUAACGCUUCCUGAUGUUGGGCUGAUCAUGCUGAAAAGGAAGCCUUAAUGUGAUAGGACACAAAGUUCAGUGAUGAUUGACAUCUCACAGGUCAAAGUUCACGGGCUGUAAACUCGACAACGAGAAUGCGCGUAAAUCUCACCAAAGUGGUACGUUGUAUGGUGCUGGUACUUCUGCUGAUCAUCUUCUGCAACGUUCUCACGUUCGUCUACGGUCCACAGUCUGGCCUGCAAGGGAUUCACUUGCCUCCUGGACCUCUGGCUGAAAUAUUCGGAGCAGGACAUCUAAGACAGCCGGAAACAAAACCAUUCGUGAAACUUAAGUCGACAGAGACUUGUAAAGAUCUCGAGAUGAAGACUUUUGUGGAACCUGCAGUUUUUCAGACCAUUGGUGUCAACAAUGACAGUUUUGUAUAUUCGGCAUUUCUGGAAGAUUCUUCGAUCCGCAUCAUUGGUCUUCGUCAAGUGAGUAACGUGAAUGUCCAUUGUCAGAUCUGGUAUGCAGACGUGAAGGAAGACCCUCUGGUGAUUGGAGACGUUCAUGCAGAAUUUAUACCAGAAGAUCACGGCAGGAAGUACACGUCUACUUUUUUCCUAUGCAAGAUUCCUGCCAAGCACCCAAAUGGAACGCCCUUCGCCGUGUCCGUUGUGAAGAAUGCUUGCGAUCAGCCUCUGAACAUUAUGCUUGUCCGGCACCCAGGGACUGUGACAUUGGAUUUUACCCUGUGUGUGUCCCCAUUAAACUACAGGUACAGCCGCGCCUAUGAGCUGGUUGAGAUGAUAGAGAUGAACAAGAUGCUAGGCGCACAGAAGUUGAUUUUCUACAACCACAGUACGGGGUCUAAUGUAGACAAGGUUUUGGACUUUUACUCACUUAAAGGCGAGAUUGAAGUUGUUCCCUGGCACCUUCCUGUCAAAACAGAUACCUGGCCUCCAACCGGAGACCCCGAGAUCCACUACUUUGGCCAGCUGUCGGCCCUGAACGACUGCCUCUAUCGCUACAAGAACAGGUCUCAUUACCUGGUGUACACAGACCUGGACGAGUUCAUCAUCCCAAGGCAGCAUCGCAGCUGGAACGAGAUGAUGGCAGACAGCGAGAAAGCUCAAAAAGAUUUGGCUUACGCUCAGGCGCAGUGCGUCUUUUUCCGGAAGGAGUGGCUGAAACCUCCGGAGCAGUAUCAGACAGCUGCUCUCAAGUACAACUCUGUGGUAUUGAAGCACACACUGAGGGAGACGUACACGUUCCCCCACGGUUCGAGGUCUAAGUAUGUCAUAAAUCCCAGCAGGGUGAAAACAGUCGGGGUUCAUAACGUCUGGUCAUUCUCGGGAGGCGCCACUUUGCUGCCUCCGUCGACGGCACUCCUGCACCACUAUAGAAAUUGGGAGAAACCUGACGACCCGCAACCCAAGGAGGAAGAUCUCACAGCCGUGAACAAAUAUGGCGACGAACUGGUCAGGCGGUUAAAUUCUGUCUGGUCAUUUUUGAGUCACGUGCCUUUAGAUAUAAAUAUAAGUUCCUACGGGCCCUUUGUCUCUUGACAUGACUUUGUAAAUUUUUCUAUAACAGGUUUCAUGUAAUGUCAACUCUGCGGUUUUUCUGGAAUAGUAUUGCUCAAUUUCUGAUUAAUGAAUUUUUUUGUUUUUUAUUUUUAAAAAUUAUCACAAGUGGCAGCUAUUAAAAAAACCAACAACGUGUGGAUAAAAACAACUACCAACAAAGUAAAAUCACACGCGAUAGUUUAAAAUGAACAAUAUAGUAGUCUAGAAUUCAUACCAAUCUUCGUAAUUAUUUUUAUAACAUUGAUAACUAAAAAAUAGUGGGGUUUGUUUUUCUAACUAUAAUUGCUUUAGUUUUAUUCAAUUUGUUUUGCAUACAUUUAAAUGAAGCGUAUUAUGUGGUUAAAUAUUUUCACAUUUAAAAUAAUAGGACAAUUUCAAACUAAUUUUGGCCUAACUUUACAAGUAAAACCAAGUUAAUUAUAAAACUACUUUAAAAAGAUUAUCUAAGAGGAAUAACUGCAGAGUCACAACUAUAUUUGUCAAUAAUGUAGAGUUUAUUUCCCAUUUUCGAUAUCAAAAUAAUAACUUAUCAAUAAUCGACUUGGUUAAUUGUUCUAUUUGAAUCAUUUUUUUUGUUAGGACAAUAAAUACUUGUGGAAAAUUUCUGUUUCCUCCGAGAAUGCGUGUGUUCAAAAUGUUUAAACAGAGUUGAUAUAAUCUUUGUAAAAAGAUGGUUUCAAAUAGUCUCCUGACCAUGUUACACUGUGAUGCCAGGUUGCAUGUUAUAAAGCCAAAGAAAGCAUUGUUUUAAUUAUUUGUUAUGAUUUAUUUAUCGUAAUUUGUCUUAAUUCUUGACUCUAUUUUUUUUCUAAUUUUUUAAAAUUCUAUUACUUUUGUAUUAUCCUAAUAAGAAAGUGUAUUACUUUAUCAAGUAACAUAUGCAUGUCUUCCAUUAUACUACUUUUAAAAAAAUCUUUGCAAUUAUAUAUUUAAUAUUUGUAAUUUUUUUUUUGCUUCAACUGCGUGCAAGAUGAGGUCACCUUUGCUCCCUAAUGAAAACAAUUAUUGAUACUAUUGUAAUCAAGUGUUUGGUCUACAGCAAUAAUAAUAAUAAUUUAAUUCAAUUUAUAGAGUGCUGUUAACAAACAUGAUGUAGGCUCAAGGCGCUCUGAUAACAUUAUAAACACUUUGAUUUUCUUAACCUUUGAUUGCCUGAUACACUGCCAUCUCUAUCUUUGAACAGGAGUGAUUCUGUUUUGACAAUACCUCUAUUCAACUCUUACCUUCGUGUGGAAACUAAAAUUUUCUGGGUGGAACCUGGACACGUUUCUCGAAAACAGCUUCAGCAAUUUCCCUAAAAAUUUGAAAAACAAAUGUUUAUAUUGUUGGGAAAGAUAUUACGAACUCGUUGGAUUCACCAGGAAGACUCUUGUUUGACUGUACUAAUUAUUCAAGUUAUAAAAAGAAAUAAAUUUUUAAUUGGCUAGAGAAAAAGAAAAUAUGUAUACGUUUCGGGUAUUUCCGCACGUAGACCUUAAUCACUUAAGAGUUUAAUAAAUAAAUGUCCGGGAACAUUUAGCGUCUUCUAAGUUAGAUCUAAAAGUCAAUCAGUGAAAUAAUAGUCUAGUAGAUGUAUACAUUCGCUUUACAAGGAUUAUGUCCCUUGGUAGGGGAAGAGGUAAUGGGCAAGGUAAAUAUUUGUUUUCUUCUCUUAAGAUCAAACUUUCAUUAGUUAAGUGCAAAAAUAUCUCUGUAUAGGUAGUGUCAAAGAGGUAUUGUCUUUUAUGUUAUUCAUGUUCUUGCAUCAUUUAAUCUUAGUAUUGCAUCAAACCUUUUUUUUUACAGUGGUCUAUACGUGGGAUGAGUUACUACUUUGUACAAAGUCAUUUUUUUGCAGUUGUACUAAUGUAUUAUAGCCUAUAAAUCACAUGAUCAUAAAAUAUGCAAGAAAUAAUUUACCGCUGAUUAGUCGUCAUGUUUAUGAAAUUAAGGCUGUAAAUUUAUUUCAAAAAAUCACGUAUCGUUUACUAAACUUCUAGUCGAUUUACUGCGUUAAUCAAAAUAUGUGCAAGAGAUAUAUUGCAGUGCAUGGUAACUCAACAACAUGCAGUUGAAAUUUCAAGUAUCGAACAUUAACAAGUUCGAUACCAUGCGAUAAGUUGAGAAUAAAAAGAAUGACGAAUGUCACCAAUGUAGGAAUAAAUAAUGAAUCUUAUUGGCGUACCAAACAAUGAAUACCAAAUCCACCCACUAUGUUAUUAAACUUUUUAGAAGUAAACGUUAAAUAUAAGUUAAUGUAAUAAUUUAAUUAUUUUUUAACGAGCCUUUUAAAAAAGAUAUUAUUCAGACUAGAUUCUACCACUUUUUUUAAAGUAAUUUAAUUUUCCUUACAGUAAUUGAAAGAAUCUUUUAAUUCAACACAAACAAGUACAUAGUUUUAAAUCGCUUCAAUGUAUAAUUAGGAUGAAAUUCUCGAUGAGUCAAUUGAGGCAAUAACUUGGCAUCGCUGAUUUAGGACAAUAUGUAUGCAUAAAAUUGAUCAUGCUUUAAAAUAUUUUUUU